AAUGUAUUCAUCUGAAUGUACAACUCUGGUUCCUCGAGGUGCUGCUGAUUUGGCAACAAUUUCAUCAUUAAUCAUCAUCUUAAUCGGUGUUCCCGGUAAUCUAAUUGUUAUCUUAUCCCUUUUCUCAAGUUCUAAACUACUCUCAAAUCCAACAACUAAAUUCAUAAUCAACUUGGCAAUAGCUGAUUUAAUUUUCUGUUCAAUUAACUUACCAUUAACAUCAAUCCGUUACUACACUUGCUCUUGGCCUUUCGGUGAUUUGAUCUGUCACCUUUAUCCAUUUUUAUUUUAUUCAAAUGUCGCCGUUUCUUUAAUGUCAAUCACAGCGAUAACAAUUAACAGAUUAGUAUCAAUAACUUUCUAUCGUCAUUAUGAUACAAUUUAUCAGAAACGUUACAUUCUCAUUAUGAUCGCUUUUUGUUGGUUAUUUCCGUUUUUACUUCUUUCACUUCCGAUGUUCAAACUAUGGGGACAAUUUGGCCUCGAACCUUCAACCUUUUCGUGUACCAUUUUACGAUAUCAAAAUGGUUCACCGAAAAAGUUUCUCUUUCUUUUAUCUUUUUUCAUGCCAAGUUUAACAAUUUUAAUUUCUUAUUCGAUAAUUUGGUUCAAAGUGAUGUUCCAUCCAACCAGAAGUAAAGACAUGAAAAGGAAAACAUGGAAAAGAGAUUUAAAGAUGACAAAGAUGAUUGUCAUUCUUUUUCUCACCUUUAUCACUUGUUUUGCUCCCUUAAUGAUUGCCAAUGUCUUAUUACCACAGGAUAGAUAUCCCUAUGUUCAUAUAAUGGCUUCCAUCAUGUCCUGGCUUAAUUGUUGUAUUAAUCCUCUUCUUUACUUUGCAAUGGAUGGAAGAUAUCGAUCGGCCUUUAAACAAUUCAUCUCUGCUUCUGCUGCUGUAAUCAAUAGUAAUCGAGGUGAUACAACUUCUAAUUUGUGAUCAAUACAAUUAACAAUUAAAAAAGAACACAUUUUCCAUUA